AUGCAGAAACUCAGCAAAGAAUUUGAAAAAGCCAAUCCUGGCAUUACCCUCAAGUGGGUGAUUCUCGAAGAAGGCGUUUUGAGACAGCGCGUCACAACGGACAUCGCCACCAAAGGCGGUCAGUUUGAUAUUAUGACCAUUGGUAUGUACGAAACCCCCAUUUGGGGAAAGAAGGGCUGGUUGAUGGAAAUCAAGCCGCCAGCUUCUUACGACGUGGACGACUUGUUGCCCGCCAUGCGCGACGGUUUGUCGGUGGACGGCAAAUUGUAUUCCGUGCCUUUUUACGGCGAAAGUUCAAUGAUCAUGUAUCGCAAGGAUUUGGUCGCCAAAACCGGCAUGACUUUGAAUGACAAUCCAACUUGGGGACAUGUCUAUGAUAUCGCCAAAAAAAUCUCCGAACAGAACAGCGGCGUUUAUGGAAUUUGUCUGCGCGGCAAACCUGGCUGGGGCGAUAAUACGGCGUUUGUUACCACAAUGGCCAAUUCAUUCGGUGCGAGGUGGUUCGACGAAAAUUGGAAACCCCAAUUAACCAGCCCAGAAUGGAUGCACGCCGUUUCUUUCUAUGUGGAUCUGUUGACAAAAUAUGGACCUCCGGGAUCCAGCGGAAACAGCUUUAACGAAAUUUUGGCUUUGUUUAACGAAGGCAAAUGCGGCAUGUGGAUUGACGCGACGAUCGCCGCGAGCUUUAUCACGAAUCCCGAUCAGAGUAAAGUGGCUAACAAAGUCGCUUUCGCACAAGCGCCUACCGCCAUAACCAAGCGCGGUGCAAAUUGGCUUUGGGCUUGGGCGUUGGGAAUUCCCGCCGGCACCAAGAAGAUGAAAGAAGCCCAAAAAUUUGUUCAGUGGGCGACUUCCAAGGAGUAUAUCCAACUGGUUGCCAAAACAAAUGGCUGGGCCAGCGUACCAACCGGCACGCGGACUUCGACCUAUGCCAAUCCAAAUUUUCAAAAGGCCGCCCUUUUUGCCUCGGCUGAGUUAAAGGCCAUCGAAUCCGCCGAUCCGAACAACAGCACUUUUAGACCUUCGCCUUACGUGGGUGUUCAAUUUGCUGCCAUUCCUGAAUUUCAGGCAAUCGGUAUCGCCGUGGGCCAACAAUUGACCGCCGCUCUUGCGGGCAAGAUCUCCGUGAAAAAAGCUCUGGAAAACGCCCAGAAAGCUGCGGACAGAGAAAUGCGCAAGGCGAAUUACUACUAA